UUGAUACCUAUCAACAAAAUCAUAUAAAAUUACUUUAAAACAUGAUGCAACAAUAAUUUCAGUGCCUCACAUUCGAUUCAGUCUAAUUUCAUUACAAAAUUAAAUUCUCACUUAAGCUGUGAGAAUCGUCAAUAGAAUGGCAACAUCUCAAACAGCUGAUGUGAAAAUGCAUUUAUAAAUGCAAUUAGAAAAUAUAAGUAGUUUUGUUAAAUAUAAAUUAAGUUAUAAUAACACAAUAAAAUUAGCAAGACGAAGCAAAUAAAUUAAAACUGUUUUUAAAAAUCUCCACAUCAUGGACCCAGAAAGCUUAGCGCACACUGUGGACAAGUCACAAAUGCCCCCGUUGCAUCAAAAACGAGUAUUGGCAUUUAUUAAUCACUUUAUAAUAAAUUCAUGUAAUUUCCUCAACGACUUCGCAAUGAAAUGUGAAACGAAAUUCAUUGAUUUGGAGAGAAAGAUGCAAAAAGUUGACGCAGCUUUAACCAUCAUUGAGGCAAAGCUUUCAUCUGUGCCUGAUAUUCAAGACACCACAGCAGCUGCUACUGCCAAUGGUAAUGUUAUUAUGAGUGCUGCUCAGGAUACCGUGGAUAAGACUGAAAAUAAACAAGAAACAAUAGCUAUUACGGCUGACAGUUCUCCAACAAUAGAACCAAUAAUAGAAGAUUCAUCAACGGAGACAACAGGUGUAAGGGCCUGUGAUGAUGUGCGCUUUAAAAAGUUUUUCAAAAUGGUGCAGUUCGGUGUACCAGCUGAAGCGGUUAAAAUGAAAAUGCAAGCGGAAGGCGUUGAGCCAAGCUUACUAGACGGAUGGUGUUAUUGACUAAAGCCCAUUAAAAGUUGAACUAAAGUCCAUCAUGAACAAACAAGAAAACAAGCGAAAACAUCUGUUUGUGCCUGUAAGAGAUGAUACAUACUUCUCCUAAAUAAGCAUAUCGUAUAAUACUAAUGUCCACCAACGAAAUAUGUAUGAAUAUUUAGUUCCACUCUAUUCGCUAAGUAUUUAUGUGAUAUAUUUAAUCCCUAGCCUACAUAGCAUAAGUUUCAAAUAAAAGAUAAACUUAAA